UUUACCAACUGAGCUAUCAAGGAAGUCCACAGAAGAAAGAGAAGUCAUUACACGGCCAGUCCAUGAGGCCUUGGGCUCUGUGGAUGCUUGAUGUGAGCCAGACAUACACCAAUACACACAUUUUAUUUUUAUGGGUCAGUGUCUCCACUGUGGUACUUGAACAUUAUGACUGAGCAUUGAUGAUUAUAUCAGCUCUUGAUCUUUGCAUUGUGAACUGGAUAAAGAUUUAAGUUGAGAGCUUCCCUGGUGGUCCAGUGGCUGAGACUUCUUGCCCAAUGCUGGGGGACCUGCAACUAAGAGUUCACGUGGUGCAACAAAGAUCAAAGAUUCAGCUUGCCGCAACUAAGACCCAGGGCAACCAAACAAAUAAAUAUUUUUAAAAAACAAAAACAAAAAACUCAUGCACUAUAAAUUCCCCAUCCCUGACUUACCAGCUCUUGCUUGAUUUUUCAAGAAAAGUCUAUACCAAAAUAUUUUCAGGCACAUUGUAAAAACCUCUGUAAACACUUUGUCUUCUUUUUCUUUGCAGGAGGUCCAGAAAAAAGUGUCUCUUUUUAACCUGCAAAUGGACAUAAGUGGGUUAAUUCCCGGUCUCGUGUCUACAUUCGUGUUUCUGUCGCACAGUGACCAUGGAGGAAGGAAAUUCCCUCUGAUUUUGUCUUCUGUCGGCGCUCUUGCAAACAGCGCUUGGCUCUGUCUACUUUCUUAUUUUGCCCUUCCAAUCCAACUUCUGAUUGCAUCUACCUUCAUUGGUGCACUUUUUGGCAAUUACACCACACUUCUGGGAGCCUCUUUUGCCUACAUAGUUGAUCAAUGUAAAGAAAAGAAACAAAGAACGAUUCGAAUCGCCAUAAUUGACUUCCUGUUUGGAGUUGUUAGUGGAUUAACAGGAUUGUCUUCUGGCUAUUUUAUUAGAGGGUUAGGUUUUGUGUGGUCCUUUUUAAUUGUUACCGUGGCUCUUUCUGUGAACUUGAUUUAUAUUUUAUUUUUUCUUGAGGAUUCAAUGAAAGAGUCUUCAUCUCAGAAUAUUUCUGUAUCGUGGACUGAAGCCUUUAAAAACCUAUUUAACCGAACGUACAUGCUUUUUAAAAAUGCUUCUGGUGCGCAACGGUCUUUGUGCGGUUUGUUGCUUUUCACGAUGAUCACUUACUUUUUCGUGACCAUUGGUGUUUCCCCCAUUUUUGUCCUUUAUGAAUUGGAUUCGCCGCUCUGCUGGGAUGAAGUUUUAAUAGGUUAUGGAUCAGCUUUGGGUAGUGUCACUUUUUUCACCAGUUUCCUGGGAAUAUGGCUUUUUUCUUAUUGUAUGGAAGAUAUUCACAUGGCCUUCAUAGGAACUUUUACCACCAUGGUGGGCAUGGCUAUGACUGCUUUUGCCAGAACAACAUUGAUGAUGUUUUUAGUCAGGCUGCCGUUCCUCUUCACUGUCAUGCCGCUCUCUGUUCUACGGUCCAUGAUAUCAAAAGUGGUGCGUUCUACUGAGCAAGGCACCAUGUUUGCUUGUCUUGCUUUCUUAGAAACGCUUGGCGGAAUCACUGCAGUUUCUGCUUUCAACGGAAUUUAUUCAGCCACUGUUGCUUGGUACAAAGGCUUCGUCUUUCUGCUCUCCGCUGUUUUAUUACUAAUUCCAGCCAUCAGUCUAUGUGUUGUCAGGUACGUCAGCAGGAAUGCAGGAAGCUAUGUCCUUCUUAUACAAGAAGAAUCCAGUGAAGACACUUCAGACAGAUGAUUAAUUGUGAUUAAAAAAAAAUCCGAAUGCACAUAUCAUACGCUCUGACUUCUGAAGGAUCUAAACUAGCUCCAUGAUCAGAACUUCAUGAAUAAUCAAUGCUGCCCGUCCUUUCUUCUAAACUCUCAGAGAAUGAGUCCCUGCUCUAGCUUCUUAGAGUACUAAGCACUCCGAGCACUUUAUGAAGAUCAAGUGACGUAUUUCCAGUAGACAGGAGAAGAAAUCUCAAAACACCUUCCACUUUGGGAUUUACAAAACAAAUGGAAACUUACCGGUCUGAGAAACUUGGUACAAUCAGAAGCAAUAAUCUCCCUGAUGUACUCUGGUCUCCACAUUAAGACCAAGAAGAAUCCUGUUUGCUUCAGUUUCUUCAUCUGCACAAUGGAUUUCUGACCUUUCUCAAAGAUUUUGAAGGCACAGCUGUUGAAAAUUAUGAUGAGUCAGUCACUGAUCAGAAAACUAUAGACGUUUCAAACCUUUAUGAUUCUCCUCUACUCGGGUAAUGCUUUGUUUCAUCAAGGUGUUAGUGGUGUUAGUGGUGUUUAGCUGUUAGUGGUAGUCAAAGCUUUCAGUAGCUGCAAAAUCCUUAAGAGAGAAGCACUUUAAUGAAUGUUUACAUUUUUCCUAAUAUGUUUCAUCAAUUAAAAUAUUUCCAUGACACUGGAAAAAAAAGAAUACAAAUAGUUCCUAAAGAAAUGUAAACACCGAGUACACAGCCAAUCAUGAUGUAAAUUAAUUAGUGCUUAUAGAGCCAAUAUUCAUUCCUUAUUUCUGUGAAAAGUAAUCCAUUUCCUACUGCCUUACACUCGUAUCCCAGGACCUCUGUGGUCCCUGAAACAACACAUCCUUUCCUGCCUCCUGUCUGCACGCAAUGCUCCACUGGGCCUUCCUCCCUACCUCCCUGCACUGAAACUUUCAAGUCUCAGCCAAGGCAAAGCUUCCGCUUUCUCCAUGUGGCUUCCCAACAUUUCUACUCCCUCCCCCACCACCAUCCCCCUGGUCCUUGUAGGGCUCCCCCAGCUCUCUGUGGGCUCUGCUCUCCCAGCAUCUUCCCUUGUCUUGUAAAAUUUGUUCCCCUACUUGCAAAUAUGAGUCCCUUAAGGACAGGGACAGUUUGAUUCCUCAUUAUAUCCUCAAUAAAAGUUGAAUUCAGUGACUACAGAAUUUUGUUUUCACUUGUAAAAAGUCACUUUAAACUAUAUAUUUAAUGCAGUAUGAGAUUAACCAAUGAUGUGCCAUAGUCAUGAAGCCAUCCUUGCAGAGAAACUGAAAAAUGCGCUAACCCAUAUGCAUUUUAAAUCGGUUUAUGGUACUUUCAUGGGUCCUUCAAUAUCUCCCAUUUUCUACGUUUCCGUCUGUAAUAACACAAAUGUCCUGAAGUACACCUAGAUGAUUAACUCCUUUGUAAGCUCUUCAAAGCAGAUAGUCUUGUUUACAGCACUGCUUACAGUUUUUCCCUGUAGGAUAAUUGAUGAAUACUUGACCAGCAGAUAACACUCAUAUUUUAAAAUACUAGAAAUUCUUAUUUCCAAGACUAUUCCUUUUAGGUUUAGCUAAUGUUUUCUGGGCUAUUCUCAGGUUGAUUGAUUGAUUUUUGUUUUACUUCCUGUUCAGUGCUCUUCCCAAACCAAAAAAAAAAAAAAAAA